AUGAGAUUAAUGGCCUUGGUACAAAGAGUUACAAGUCAACAAGUUUGGAGAAAUGAGAAACAUAUGAAUCAUUAUUGGCAAAUGGGGAUUGAGUUUAGUGAAUCCAAAUCUGCAGAGACCACGAAUAAAGACGCUGGAGCAGGCAGUCUGAAUCGGGAUAGAGCACUACUCGGCCACUCUUCAAGAUUGUUCUGUGCUGUGAAACAGUGUAGGGGAUGGGGACUGGUCAGUUACAUACGAAGACCUGGAACGGUCAAGAGGUUGAGAAAGCCAUUGUACGAAGUUAGGCAAUUCCUCAUGAUACCACCAGCUCCCCAGGCCCAUUCCACAACUAGCUCAGCUAGGGGUUUGAGGACUUUUAUGUCCCUUUAUGCUAGCUUGGAGUUCACAAACCAAGAGCUGACAGUAUGUGCUACACGCCAUGGGGGAAAAUUCUCUGAUUCGAGAGCAGCAGAAGCGGAGAAAGAGAUCUGUCACGUGGCUUGGUGGGCCCUCGGUCUCCAUUUACCUGGGUGUCCACAGAUCCCUGCCUCCUUGAUCAUAGGAAUAGUUAAGCAGGGAGAUGCCUACACAGGAUCAUUUCGACUCUCUUCAUGA